GGCAUGGUGGACACUAACAAAGUGAUGUUUGCCGGUGGACUGUCACGGUGGUUAGGGAUACUUUCGGUCGCGAUCAGCUUGCAGCUCGUUGUCGGUGGUGAUUGGAACUAUUUCAAGUGCUUCGAAACGGUCAAACGAUGCCCGAACCAGAAUGUGUCGUUUUAUCUCUACACGAGAGAAACACAAAACAAUCCCACCCAGCUGGACAUGUUCAAUCCGGAAUCGGUCACGAGCGCCAACUUCAUCAAGGGACGUCCAUUGAUUGUGCUAAUCCACGGGUACACUGGCCAUCGCGAUUACGCUCCAAAUCCAACGAUUCGCCCGGCGUACUUCGCCUACGACGAGUUCAACAUCAUCUCCGUCGACUACAAUCCUCUAGCUCUUGAGCCUUGCUACCUUCAAGCCGUACGCAAUCUGCCCACCGUUGCGAACUGUACCGCCCAGCUGCUAGACUUCAUCAUCUCCAACGAUAUCAUCCCGCUGGACGACAUCCACGUGGUGGGGUUCAGCCUCGGCGGCCAAACUUCCGGCAUGAUCGCGAACUAUUUGCAGGCUGGCCGGUUGAAGCGCAUCACGGGGCUGGAUCCGGCCAAACCGCUGUUUGUGUUUGCCUCGAACGAGUACAAGCUCGACCAGACGGAUGCGGAGUUUGUGCAGGUGAUCCACACGGACGUGUUCCAGCGCGGGAUAUUGCAUCCGAGCGGCCACACGGACUUCUACGUGAACGGGGGCGUGGUGCAGCCGGGGUGCGAUGCGACCACGAUGAUGACGACGGGCGAGUGCAACCACAACCGGGCGCCCGAGUACUACGCGGAAUCGAUCGGCACCGAGGUGGGAUUCUAUGGGUAUCGGUGCGCCCACUGGUACCUGUACAUGCUCGGUAUCUGCCGGGGUGGAGGCCCAAACGACCAGAUCGCUAUUAUGGGAGCGCACACACCCAACACAACCCGAGGCCUCUACUUCCUGAACGUUAACAUGAUGCCGCCUUACGCAAGAGGAAGCAAUUACACCUUACGGGAGGAACUGGCAUCCAUAUCGGCCAACAUUGGGGGUCCACCACCACCACCACCACCACCGCCGUCGGUCAACUAGUGACAUCAAACCAUGCCAACCAAUCACCAACCAGGACUUCCAAAUUGGCUUUACAAAUUGGGUUCACACUAUAGUCUGUAUGUUCAGUGUUUUUAUGGAUAAAGGAGUGUUAUGUUUAUAGGAAUAAAGUAUGC